GUGUUUUGGUUACAUCGCUAGUGUUUCAGCAUCAGUAAUUGAGGCAAGACGUGCUUUUCCGCAGAGCAAAACUGUAUAACGGAAGUCAAAAACAGUUUAAAAGAUGGAUUCCUACAUGCCUAAAAGGAACAGACUGGAAGAGUCCGAUUUUUACCAGGCCCAAGAAUCGUCUCCACGUUCUCACGAGAGAAUGAAUAUGGAUUUACCUACCACGUCCAAUAUAUCCGGGACACAUAUGACUAAUAUGAAUGAUAUGGAGGUCGAGCCCCCAAGUAAUCGAUCUCAGCCGAUUGGUCAUGGGGUGUCACGGUUCACCGGGUCCACUCGCACAGUGGGCAGAGCGGCGCUGGGCGGAGCAAAUCGUGUGCUGAGUAAAGAACAAAUCCGUCACUUUAUAACCUCUACAGUGAUCCCCCACCAUCGUUCGCUGACCAGGGCUGAGUCGCGAGUAAAUGAACCGUAUUCAAGACCUGAAGACACCAACAGUGCUCACAAGAGACCGGAAAUGAUCAACCAUUCGUCAUCUGCCAUGUCGAGAACAAACAUGGAGGAAUUCUCGACAAAUAAUGAGACAUGGCUCAGAAAUCCUGGGAAUUUUGAGGAGGAGGAGGAGUUAAGCAGACAGCGACCAGUAGCAAUAGUCUCUCCACAGACCCACCAUAAUCCCCAUAAUACCCAAAGAGAAACCACGGCGGUCCCACAGGCAAUACCUGUCCCCCAGAGGGUACUAGAUUUCACAAAUGCCUCACAGGAAACUCGAAGGGAGGCAAGGACGGUCCCACAGGAAAUACCUGAGACAAGCAGUGCUGUACAGGUUAUGCCGGGUCAGACCAUCGGGGCCUCUCGGGAAGGAUCCGUGAUAACGGGUCUCCCACAGGGAACCCAAGAGAAGACAUGUGUUCCAGAGAUAACAAGAGUUCUGAAUGAAAACAAAAGAGAGGUUGUUAUUGGUUCAAGGGGAAUUCGAUGCAGUAUCAGUUUACCUCAGAGAACAAAGUUGUCGGUGUCCGUAAAUUGUCAACAUAACGUCUUAUCAAAGAAUAUUGAAGAAAACGAUGAAAUUGUGGACGACGAUGUCAACGAAUUUCUCCAACAGUUUUCUCUUGACAAAUUAAACAUCUCUCCACAGGAGCCGGCAAACACCCGUAGGGCUGUAGACGUGUCCCCGUGGGACCCCGAGUAUACCCUCAUUCCUGUGGAUCGCUACUCCUGUCAGGAACUUCGUGGUUCCGAGCGUUUCGUCCCCUGCCAGGAUUGCUUCAUUGACCUUAACCUUUUUCUGUAACCAGGGUCAGAAAUAAAGCAGCGACCGUCGUUUUGGAUGAAUUUGAAUUCAGUCUUUCAGAUUUUUUUAUACAAUUCUUUUUAAUCAGAAAUAGAACUGGCUUGUGACUUUCCACUGUAUUUUUUAACGUUGUAUUUUUGGAUUAUCCUUAUUAUUUUGUUCUUUUUAUUAAACAUCUGUUUUCAGUUCAUGCAUGAAAUCGCUUUUGUUUUUAUUUGUACCAUACAGCAGCGUUGCUAUGAAAACUGUAUAAACUGAGUUAUCACAUACAAUAAACUUUAAUA